AUGGUUAUUCUUUAUCGCACAUCUACUACGUUAAUAUGGUAUCGUUUAACAUCAUGUCGAUAUAAACAUCGUUUAAAUCAUCCAGGUGUUCAUAUUCCACAUGGUGUACAAUAUCAAACAUCAUAUAAUCUUCCAGAUGAAUAUGCUGAUCAUCCAUUGUAUCCACCUAUUCAACCAAAAUAUCCACCAGGAUCUUGGGGUUCGAUGGAUCCAAAAAAAGCUUGGAUGCAUUUUGAAUUAGGAGAAAAACAUUAUAGACAUUUAAAAAGUGUUAAAGAACGUUUAACAAUAAUGGCCUAUCAAAAUAUGAUGUGUUAUUAUGAUAAAUUAGAUGUUGAACAAAUCAAUUCGAAAUUAAUAUGGAUGCUUACUGGUCGGCCACGUUCACCACGUAGUUUACCUUUUUAUAAACAUAUCACACGAACACAUGUAACUGAUGAAUUGCCAAAAUUUUAUGAACAAAUGGAUGUUGAAAGUCUUUUAAAUUAUGUUAAACCAAUAUUAAUUGAUCGAAUAUUAACAAAUGAAUAUGCACAAAAAGAUGAUAUACCUUUAGAAGAUAUGUAUGAUAAAGGUGAUUAUAAAGUACGAUCAAUUGUAAAUGAAAAACAACUUAAAAUUGAUCAACAAAAAACAACAAAUGUUUUAACAAAUAUGAUUCGAACUAUUGUUAAUGUUCUUGCUGAACAUAAACCAUACUUAAGAAAAACACUUAUUGGAUCGGAUGUACCCGUUGAAGCAUGGUGGAGUUUAAAUCUUAAUGGACAAAAAUAUGAUCGUGCUAAAUGGCAUCAUGAUCAGAAUACAACUAGUUUUCAAUUUCGUGAUAAAGCAGCUGUUCAAGUUAAAACUUCAAGACCAUUAAGAAGUAUUGUUGAUCCUAAUAGUAGUUUAUGUCAAACACCUGUCCCUAUAUGUUCAUUUCAUCCACCAGCUUUUAAAGUCUUUACAGAUCGAUAUUUACCAAUGCAAAUACCAGGUCAUUGGCAUGGUGAAGGACAUGAUUUUAAUCUUCUAUCAAUCUAUUCAAUGGAUUCAAUCUAUCAAUAUGAUAGUUAUUUUAAUGAAGAUGAAUUAUUACCUAGUCUUAUGUCUUGGAUAGUUAAUGCUGGUCAUGCUGAACUUUUAGCACAAGCUUAUUAUCUUGGUUUUUCAAUGUGGAGAGAACCAACAUAUCCUUUAAUAGCUCAAACAAUAAUUAGUAAUCGUCGUCAAUGGAUAUUUGGUGUUUAUCAAUUGAAUACUAUAGCACAUUUUAAACCACAUGAUGCUCAAACAACAUCAAAUAUUUGUUGGGUAUCACCAUUGAUGAAUCUUUAUGAUCGAAUAGAAAAUGGUGAAUUAAUUAAUUUUAAUGAUGAUGUUCUUCGUCAAUUAUUACGUUUUAUAUUAAAUGAACCAACAAUGGAACCUGAUUGGAAUUUAACACCAUAUGUUGAAGAUAUAACAAAUUUAGAUGAACGUUAUAAAAAAUUUAUACGUAAUCUUUAUGAAGUUGUUAAACUUGAAAAACAAGAUUGUCGUGAACAUCAUCGAUGGGCUAAAAUUAAUCAUGAUACAACAACAUUUAAUCGUCGUUAUGCUAUGAUGACAACAUUAUUUAAAGAUAUUGUUUUUGAUAAUUGGCCAAGGGAAUGGUAUGGAAGAACAUUAGAAAAAAUUGAACGUAAAAAGAAUAUGCCAUUGUUUAAAGAGUAUGAUUUACUCAUGUCUGUUACUCGUUAG